GUCAGUCGGCGCCGGGGGGAGGGGGGUCGGUGUGGGGUAGAAUGGCCGCUGCCGCCGUCACCCGCGGGACCCCGGGAGCACAGACUCCCCCUCCCCCCGGCCCCUCAGGCCGGGGGUGACCUUGCCCCCUGGAACUCUCACCAUGAAUACCAAGGACACCACUGAGGUUGCUGAGAACAGCCACCACCUGAAGAUCUUUCUCCCCAAGAAGCUGCUGGAGUGCCUUCCUCGCUGUCCACUGCUGCCUCCAGAGCGGCUGCGGUGGAAUACCAAUGAGGAGAUUGCAUCGUACUUGAUCACCUUUGAAAAGCAUGAUGAGUGGCUAUCCUGUGUGCCAAAGACAAGGCCUCAGAAUGGCUCCAUCAUUCUCUACAACCGAAAGAAGGUGAAAUACCGGAAGGAUGGUUACCUCUGGAAGAAGCGGAAGGAUGGGAAAACCACCCGAGAGGACCACAUGAAGCUAAAGGUCCAGGGCAUGGAGUGUCUCUAUGGCUGCUACGUUCACUCUUCCAUCGUCCCCACAUUCCAUCGGCGCUGCUACUGGCUGCUCCAGAACCCUGACAUCGUCCUUGUGCACUACCUGAACGUCCCAGCCCUGGAAGAUUGUGGAAAGGGCUGCAGCCCCAUCUUUUGUUCCAUCAGCAGCGACCGCAGAGAAUGGCUGAAGUGGUCACGGGAGGAGCUGUUGGGACAGCUGAAGCCCAUGUUUCAUGGCAUCAAAUGGAGCUGUGGGAACGGGGCAGAGGAGUUCUCUGUAGAACAGCUGGUGCAGCAGAUCCUGGACACCCACCCUACCAAGCCCGCACCCCGAACCCAUGCCUGUCUCUGCAGUGGGGGCCUUGGUUCUGGGAGCCUCACUCACAAAUGCAGCAGCACAAAACAUCGCAUCAUCUCCCCAAAAGUGGAGCCCCAAGCACUAACCCUGACCUCUAUCCCCCAUUCCCAUCCCCCUGAGCCACCUCCACUAAUAGCCCCACUGCCCCCUGAACCCCCCAAGGCACAUACUUCCCCAUCCUCUUCCUCCUCUUCCUCCUCCUCAGGCUUUGCCGAACCCCUAGAGAUCAGGCCUAGUCCUCCUACCUCCCGAGGAGGCACUGCUAUUCUCCUGCUGACAGGACUGGAGCAGCGGACAGGGGGUUUGACACCCACCCGGCACUUGGCUCCGCAAGUAGACCCCAGACCCUCCAUGAGCUUGGCUGUAGUUGUAGGCUCUGAGCCCUCGGCCCCACUUGCUCCCCCUAGCCCUGCCUUUGAUCCUGAUCGUUUUCUCAACAGCCCCCAGAGGGGCCAGACAUAUGGAGGUGGGCAGGGAGUAAGCCCAGACUUCCCUGAGGCAGAGGCCACACAUAUCCCUUGUCCUGCCCUGGAGCCCGCUGCUGCUCUGGAGCCCCAGGCAGCUGCUCGGGGUCUCCCCCCACAGUCAGGAACAGGUGGAAGAAGAGGAAACUGCUUCUUCAUCCAAGAUGAUGACGGUGGGGAGGAAUUCAAGGCCCAUGGAACUGCCCCACCUGCACCUUCGCCCCCUCCUUCACCCCCACCCUCACCUGCGCCCUUGGAGCCAGCAGGCAGGGCAGGAAGAGGGGAAGCCUUGUUUGGAGGAUCUGGUGGGGCCAGUGAACUGGAACCCUUCAGUCUCUCAUCAUUCCCAGACCUUAUGGGAGAACUCAUCAGUGAUGAAACUUCAAGCAUCCCUGCCCCAGCCCCUCAGCUCUCUCCUGCCCUUAGCACCAUCACGGACUUCUCCCCAGAGUGGUCCUAUCCAGAGGGUGGGGUCAAGGUGCUCAUCACGGGCCCAUGGACUGAAUCCACUGAGCAUUACUCCUGUGUCUUUGAUCACAUUGCUGUGCCAGCCUCACUUGUCCAGCCUGGUGUCUUACGCUGCUACUGUCCUGCCCAUGAAGUAGGGCUGGUGUCUUUGCAGGUGGCAGGGCGGGAGGGGCCCCUUUCUGCCUCUGUGCUCUUUGAGUAUCGAGCCCGUCGUUUCCUGUCGCUGCCUAGCACUCAGCUUGACUGGUUGUCCCUGGAUGACAACCAGUUUCGGAUGUCCAUACUGGAGCGGCUGGAGCAGAUGGAGAAGCGGAUGGCUGAGAUUGCAGCAGCUGGGCAGGCGCCUGGCCAGGUUUCUGACAAUCCUCCAAUCCAGGAUGAAGGCCAGGGGCCUGGGUUCGAGGCACGGGUAGUGGUCUUGGUAGAGAGCAUGAUCCCACGCUCCACCUGGAGGGGUCCUGAACGUCUGGCCCAUGGAAGUCCCUUCCGGGGAAUGAGCCUUCUGCACCUGGCUGCAGCCCAGGGCUACGCCCGCCUCAUCGAGACCCUCAGCCAGUGGCGGAGUGUGGAGACUAGAAGUUUGGACUUAGAGCAAGAGGUUGACCCGCUCAACGUGGAUCACUUCUCUUGCACCCCUCUGAUGUGGGCUUGUGCCCUGGGACACCUGGAAGCUGCUGUACUUCUUUUCCGUUGGAACCGACAGGCACUGAGCAUUCCUGAUUCCCUGGGCCGCCUGCCACUCUCCGUAGCGCAUUCCCGGGGUCACGUCCGCCUUGCUCGCUGCCUGGAGGAACUGCAGAGACAGGAGGCUUCCAUUGAGCCCCUAAAUGCCCUAUCAUCCCCCUCCUCCAGCCCAGACACUGGUCUAAGUAGCGUCUCAUCGCCCUCAGAGCUGUCAGAUGGCACCUUCUCUGUCACAUCGGCUUAUUCUAGUGCUCCGGACAACAGUCCUCCCCCUGCUCCCUUGCCAGCCUCUGAGAUCAGUAUGGAGGAGAUGGUCCCAGGCCAGCUCUCUUCUGGUACCCCAGGUCCCCUACUCCUCAUGGACUAUGAAGUCACCCACUUCAGAGGGUCCCAGCUGGCAUCACGUCCUCUCCCAUCACAAGAUGAUGGAGCUGCCACAGAGGAAGCUGACAGUUUACCCACUGUAGAUGUGAUCCCGGUGGACAUGAUCUCACUGGCCAAGCAGAUCAUCGAAGCCACACCAGAGCGGAUUAAACAGGAAGACUUCUUGGGGUUGCCAGAGGCUGGAACCCCACUGAGGGAGCGGACAGGAGCCGUGGGACUCAGUGAGACGAUGUCCUGGCUGGCCAGCUACCUGGAGAAUGUGGACCAUUUCCCCAGUUCAGCCCCUCCCAGCGAACUGGCCUUUGAGAGAGGGCGCUUGGCUAUCCCUUCAGCACCUUCCUGGGCAGAAUUCCUCUCUGCAUCUGCCAGUGGCAAGAUGGAAAGUGAUUUUGCCCUGCUGACUCUAUCAGACCAUGAGCAGCGGGAGCUGUAUGAGGCAGCCCGCGUCAUCCAGACAGCCUUCCGGAAGUACAAGGGCCGACGGCUGAAGGAGCAACAGGAGGUGGCAGCUGCAGUGAUCCAGCGCUGUUACCGCAAGUACAAGCAACUGACCUGGAUUGCACUUAAGUUUGCACUCUAUAAGAAGAUGACCCAGGCGGCCAUUCUGAUCCAAAGCAAGUUCCGGAGCUACUAUGAACAAAAGCGCUUUCAGCAGAGCCGCCGAGCUGCUGUGCUCAUCCAGCAGCACUACCGCUCGUACCGCCGCCGGCCCGGGCCUCCCCACCGGCCCGCGGGCGCCCUGCCUGCGCGGAGCAAAGGCUCCUUUCUCACCAAGAAGCAGGACCAGGCGGCCCGGAAAAUCAUGCGAUUCCUGCGGCGCUGCCGACACAGGAUGAAGGAACUGAAGCAGAACCAGGAGCUAGAAGGGCUUCCCCAACCCGGACUGGCCACCUGACCUCCCCUCCGCUUUCCACUAUCCAGGGGCGUGUCCUGCAGUCUUAACCGGAGAGGGCUCUCUGGGAGGAAGGGGAGCCCCCAGGCAGCAGCUCGACCCCCUUCCCCUUCACUGGAGCCCCGCACAGACCUCCCGCUUCCUCCCCUCUC